CUGACUUCUAGUACUAGACAAAUCGGUUGAGUGUUGAUUAUCUUCACUGAAUAUCGGAAGUGCACUAUUCUACGCAACUGGAAAACAACUACAAAGUGGUGCCACAAGCCUACCUGUUACAUGUGUCUAAUACAAGUGCCUACUACUUCGAUUGCUGUUGAUUGUUGACAUCGGGGAAUUGCAACACGGGAAUACAUUUGAGUGUUGAGAGUUGACCACCCGGCUACUAGAUGCAAAUACUAACUAGCUAGUUCUAUGACGAGUGAUGCAUCUAACACAGUGCAAUUUUCCCCUGAGGGUGCUUGUGAUCGUACAAUAGUGACCGAGUCGUUGUUUCUUCCAGCUUACCCCAUCGUCGUUAGUGUGUUCCAAGUCCACGUUUUAGUGUGCGUAAUAGUAAAACCGUAAUGGCGGAAAACGUUGUGUAAUUUCCAGCAACUAGUGCCGUGCUCCCAAAGUCGUUCUAAAGUGGAGAAAAAGUGCCGAAAACUGGCUCAAAACAGUGCCAAAAGAUAGUGCAGGUGCCAAGAUUGUCCGGAGAGAUGAAAAUUGUCAUCUUCAACGUUCGAACCAGCCGGAAAACGUGUUUCGAAAAGCAUUGCUAGCGCCCAUUUUUGUUUUUUGUUCGUUUUCAAAUUUGUGGCCCAUAAUUUCCUGUGUGGCUGAAAAGUGUCAGACAGGCAGAUCCUGUUUGCUGAGCUGGCAAAGUAGGCUGCUUGGAUUGGAAAACGAAAACAACCCAAUAAACCACCGAAGUAGGCCACCGACCAAGUGUGGUUACAAAAUCAAAGCUUACUCGAAGGAGCAUAUGGAAGAAUUUUUGCGACUUUUGUCAUUGUGAAGAGUUGUACGUUUCCGGUUGAAGGCAAUCAACAGUUGCCAGUUAACAGCCCAUAGAAAAUGAUAUUUAAUGAAUGAAUUUUUUUUUUAUCAAGAAAAACCAUUCAGUGUGAGUUUGCGAAGUUUGUGGCUGAAGAAAAACAAACAACCAACCAGUGACAUACUAAUUUUCACAACGACAACCACGCAACUGGAAAAGGAUUUACUUAGCCGAGAUGGAAAAAAAUCUACACAAAUCGUGAUUAUGGAGAUGUAACGAUAGAAGGUUCAGGACCACCCACAACCCAAACGAACUAUGAUCAAGCUGACGAAUUUAUUAAGUUUAGCAGAAUUGUGCAUACCAUAUUACGUCAACAACGUUACAUAAGAUCAAGUAAAUCCCGAUGCUGAUGAUCGAUUGAAGAUAUCGACAAACAAAACAACACGACGCGACGGUUUCAAACUUUACCUCUCAUUUGAGAAACUUUUUAAGCGGUACAAAAGCUACCGUUUGUAUAGUGCAAUUAGAUUUUACCAACCGAAUAAGGCAACUGAAUGUGAUAUUUAGAUUAUAGAAAACAAUUUUAGUCAUUGUUAGAGUAAAGUUUAUCGUCGGGAGAGAAUUUGGAGUUUUGUGUCUUAACAUUUCCCAACAAAAUGAUGGAUCCACUAUCACCCGGUAGAAUGGAUGACGAUCCCGAUGACAAGGAUGAAACCAAAAGAAAAUCUCGGAAUCUAAGCGAAAAGAAGCGCCGAGAUCAAUUCAACCUGCUCGUGAAUGAGCUCAGCUCGAUGGUGUCUUCGAACAGCCGCAAGAUGGACAAAAGUACCGUGCUCAAGUCGACGAUUGCCUUCCUCAAGAGCCACAACGAAAUUGCGGUACGAUCACGGGUUCACGAGAUCCAGACUGACUGGAAGCCGUCCUUCCUGUCCAACGAAGAGUUCACCCACCUCAUUCUGGAAGCGUUGGACGGAUUUAUAAUUGUAUUUUCAUCAACUGGGAGGGUUUUCUACGCCUCGGAAAGUAUCACCUCGUUGCUGGGACAUUUACCUAGUGACCUGCUCAACAUGACGGUGUAUGAUAUGGUGUAUGAGGAUGAUCAGAACGAUCUGUACAACAUUUUGCUCAAUCCGACGGCUGUGGUGGAUCCGCUGCAGACGGGAAUUUCACGGGAGAAUCAGGUCACAUUCUGCUGUUACAUUAAACGGGGAACGGCCGACUAUCGGGCGGAGAUUUCGUACGAGCUGGUACAGUUCACCGGGUACUUUAGAAGCGACGUCGAUGCGGAUUCCCUGAUGACGACCUCGCGCUUUAGUGGCUACAUGACGGAUGCGGACACUCGGCUCAUUUUCGUUGGCACCGGCCGGCUGCAGACACCACAACUCAUCCGGGAGAUGUCGAUAGUGGACAGCUCGAAGAGCGAAUUCACCUCCCGCCACAGCUUGGAGUGGAAGUUUCUGUUCUUGGAUCAUCGGGCGCCUCCCAUUAUCGGAUAUUUGCCCUUUGAGGUACUUGGGACGUCUGGGUACGAUUACUAUCAUUUCGAUGAUCUGGAGAAGGUGGUGUCGUGUCAUGAAGCUUUAAUGCAAAAAGGUGAAGGUACUUCGUGCUACUACCGAUUUUUGACUAAAGGUCAGCAAUGGAUUUGGCUGCAGACAAGAUUCUACAUAACGUACCAUCAGUGGAACUCGAAGCCGGAGUUUGUGGUGUGCACGCACCGAGUCGUAAGCUACGCGGAUGUCAUGAAACAGGUCCGGAAUCAGGGUGGAAAUCAGGAAGCGGGAGGGCCAGUUGUGAAUCCCACAAGUGGAGAUAAUAAAUUUAACGAAGACGCCGAUAGUGUAAGUGUGGGUGUUGAGCGGAAGUUUCAACCUAGUUCGUCGCAAAGUUUGAUGGCCACCUCACCUUGGAGUUCGAAGAGCUCGAGAACUUCUAGGGUGGCUCAUACGCCGGCAGCUUCGCCCACGGGGAUGUCAUCGAGGAGUAGACAUCGGUAUAAUACCUACCACGGUCCUGGUUCGGAUUCUGCAACCUCGAUUUCGUCUGAGUCACACGUUAGUCGACAGUCGAUCGUAACCCAACAUAGUGCGAAAUCACGGAUGCGCUCCAAUACGUUUCAUUCGAACAAAUCCGUGGGAUCUCAGGACAGUGAGAAUACGGCUUCAUCGGUAGCUGUGUCUCAGUAUAUGCUUCAACAGCAAAUGAUGCAAGCAUCCCAACAGCAGUCGUCAUCCGAGGCAUUCCAGCGUCAUCAUCCGCAUCAAUUGAGACCACCGGCUGCCGCCACAAUCAUCACUCCACCACAAAUCAUUGGAUCAGCAGCGGGAUUCAACGAACCACAACAGUAUUUGGCAGCUAUUCCGGUUCAACCGGUGGCCGGUUUUCCAGCGGAGGUUUCAACGGGGGUCAUUUCUCCGAUUCCACCAACUACGCCAACGGCUACUGCUUUUGCGGUCCAUUCGGCUAGUGUGGCCUCGGCAACUGCGGGAGUUGUCCUGACACCAGCCCAGAACCAGGUUCAAGAUCAUCUUCAACGCAAGCACGAAGAGCUACAGCACCUGAUCAUCCAGCAGCAGGAAGAACUCCGAAGGGUUCAGGAGCAGCUUCUGAUGGCUCGCUAUGGUCUUCUUCCGUCGAUCGUUACCCUCCCUUUUUCACCGGCCGCUUCUAACAGUAAUAGUGCAAAUGAUAUUAACAGUAGAAAUAGUAGCAACGUGUCCUACCUUCAACAUCACCAGUCAGCUCAUCAACAAUUCGCAUCACAUCCUAGUCUUCAGCAACAGCAAAUGGCCGUGUCUCCAGAUCAGAAACCGAUAUUCCAAGCGAAUCAACAGCUCAAUUUCACCGACACUGGUCAACCAAAGCUACCGGGUGAACCGCCUGGUCCCGGCGAGAUGGUCUCAUACAUGCAACUUACACCCGUUCCGAUACAUCAUCUUCAGCAACAUCAACAACAGCAGCAGCAACAACAGCAACAACAACAACAGCAGCUGCAAAACCUUCAACAGGCCUCGCAACAACAGCUGAUGAUGGCAUCUUCAACGGGCGCUACGGCCGAAACGAACUCCAGUGAGCUACUCCAGUAUCAGAUGGGUCAGGAACAGGCCCAGAUCUUGUUCACCUCUGGAAUGGAGCAGCAGCAGCAACAGCAACAGCAUCAACAUCCUCAACAGCAACCGCAACAUCCGCAUCACCACCACCAUCAUCAUCAUCACAACCAUCACCACCAUCAGCAGCUGCAGCAACAUCAACAUCAGCACCAUCAGCAUCAGCAUCACAAUCCUCACUCGCAACAUUCGAGCCAAUCGCAACAUUCCCAACUGCACAGCCACACCUCAUCGGUGGCAUCUACCGGUGGAUCCACGAACCAUUCCCGAAGCGACAUGUAGCCCGAGGCCACCGCUGCUCGGUGCGACUUCGAGUGGUAGUCUGGGGUCGGGUUUUGAGGUCAUUCGAAUCUUUUUCAUUAAACAUUAAAAAAAAAACUGUUGUGACAAAAUUUGAACUGAGUUCAACUCUUAGUUCGAAACCAGGUUUUUCUAAAAAUAAGCAUUUUUUGGAUAAGUGUUUGUACUCUAUGAAAAUGGUAAAAAACAAACCCCGAAGUCGGAUUAUCAACUCACACACCAAUCUUUUUUUUGGAAUUCCUGAAUUCAAAAUUUUGUAACAUUAAGAAGAAAUUCUCAUUCCUCAACAUUAUUCAUAUUCUCGUGAAAUCAUUGUUUGUUGUAUCAUUUGUUAACAAAACAUGUUUAAAAAAACUUUGAGUAAAAAGUGUAGUCAGAACGUUCGGAGGAUUUUACUGAAAGCUCACCAAGAAACCACAUCAGCGUAGAUUUCACCCAUUUUAUCACGGUAAUCAGCUUUACGUAAACAAUGGGCAUCGAACCAUACAGGGAUUGUAUUUUUGUAGAUAAAUAUUAACUAGAAAAAAGAAAAUGUCACUAGAACUUAGUAUUGUAAGUAAAACAAGAAAUACCUACGACGAGCUUAAGGAAAAAGUUUCCAAGUUUGACUACCGUCAUUCGAUUCGCUGAUGAUAGCGAAAGAAAGUGUGCCAAAUGCCAGCCGCAAAAAAAAACCGGACCAAGAAAAAAACGACAAAUAAAAUGUUUUAUAUUUUGAGAUCGUUCUAGCUUUGAUCGGUGGAUGUUUUUACACAUCCACGUUCAGCCUUUGGAAAGAAGCCCGUUGAGUAAGAUUAAACAGUGUUUUAUAAAUCUAUGAAUAUUGCUGUCCAGUAAAGGAAAUGAAUGAAGAAAACAAUAAAGCUUCGUUGUAAAUAUAUUGUAGUAGCAGCACGUCGAAAAAAGGCGAAUCAAGAUAUAUUCAUGUUUCAUGGAGCGUAUUUAUAUGUGAACAAAAACAAUAAAAUAAACAAGUCGAUGGUAGAGAAGAUGAUGCAAAAAGUCUUUUUUAAG